AUGUUUCCAAAUGGAGCCCAUCAGUAUAUGGGGAUUCUCCAAUUACUGUUGCAUUUCAGUUGGACAUGGAUUGGGGUGAUCUAUUCAGAUGAUCCAAGUGGAGACAGCUUUGCACGUGAUGUGCUUCCCAUGUUUUCAAAGAGAAACGUCUGCUUUGCCUUCAUAGAAAGAUUUCCCAGCAUAUCUUUUUCCACUGAAAUUGCUGAUAUAAUAUCAGAAGGGAGAGAAGUAUUCAGUGUUGCCAUGAGAAGCUCAGCCAAUGCAUUACUUGUCCAGGGUGAUCCUUCAACCAUAGCAGUUAUGAGAACAUUGCUGCACGUCUUAGCAUUUGAAAAUGUACCCGUGAACACAAAAGUUUGGAUUAUGACGGCCGAGAUGGAGUUCACAUCAGUUUCCUUUCAACGAGGGUGGAGCAUAAGCUUCCUCCAUGGUGCAAUCUCUCUCUCAGUUCCUUCCAAAAAAUCAUUAGGAUUCCAGAAAUUUAUUCAGAUGAGAAACCCUACAGUAGAAAAUGAUGAUGGCUUCAUAAGAGACUUCUGGGAAAGUGCAUUUGCCUGUUCUUUCCCUGAACCCAUGGGGGACACGAAUGUUGGGCAAAUUUGUACUGGGAGGGAGAAACUGGAGAUUCUCUCCAAGACAGUUUUUGAAAUGACCAUGACUGGCCACAGCAAGAGUGUGUAUGAUGCUGUCUAUGCUGUAGCGCAUGCCUUACACGCCAUGCAUUUGCUAAGAUUCAAGCACUCAAUAAUAGGAGAUAGAGUGAGACAGAAGCUUCUGACUCAAAAGCCAUGGCAGCUCCACCACUUUCUGAGAAUUGUCUCAUUUAAUGACAGUGCUGGAGAAAAGGUUGCCUUCAAUCAAAAUGGAGAGUUAAUAGCUGGAUUUGAUAUUAUCAAUUGGAUCACAUUCCCAAACCACUCCUUCCUCAGAGUCAAAGUUGGGAAGGUAGACCCUGGAGAUCUCUCACACAAAGUGCUCACCAUCCACAAAGAGGCCAUCGUGUGGCCCAGCAGGUUCAACCAGACACUGCCCCUUUCCAUGUGCAAUGAACCAUGCCUUUGGGGUUACAGUAGGAAAAAGAAAGAAGGGAAAGCAUUUUGCUGCUAUGAUUGUGUUCCAUGUCCAGAAGGGAAGAUUUCAAACCAGGCAGAUAUGGAUUACUGUUUCCAGUGUCCAGAAGAUUGUUAUCCGAACAAUGAGCAGAAUGCAUGCCUUCCAAAAUCUAUCAGCUACCUCUCUUAUGAAGAACCCAUAGGAAUCAGUUUGGCUAUUUUUUCUCUUUCCUUUUCUUUCAUUGCAACCUUGGUCUUACGUAUGUUUGUGAAGUACCAGAACACCCCCAUUGUCAAGGCCAACAACCGGAGCCUCUCCUACAUGCUCCUUGUCUCUCUCUUCCUGUGCUUCCUUUGUGCUUUGCUCUUCCUUGGCCGACCUGAGAAAGUGACAUGCCUCAUCCGUCACGCUGCAUUUGGUGUCAUUUUCUCUGUGGCUGUUUCUUGCGUGUUGGCCAAAACCAUCACUGUGAUUCUCGCUUUCAUGGCUACCAAGCCAACGUCCAGGAUGAGGAAAUGGAUGGGGAGGAGAUUGGCCAGCUCUAUAGUAAUUUCAUGCGCCCUCUUUCAGGCCACUAUUUGUACUGUGUGGCUUGCAACCUUUCCUCCCUUCCCAGAUUUUGAUAUGCACUCAGUAAGUAGAGAAAUCAUUGUGGAAUGUAAUGAAGGGUCACUGGCCAUGUUUUACUGUGUCCUGGGCUUUAUGGGGUUGCUGGCAGUCCUGAGCUUCACUGUGGCUUUCCUAGCCAGGAAGUUACCAGAUAGUUUCCAUGAAGCCAAAUCCAUCACCUUCAGCAUGUUGGUCUUCUGCAGUGUGUGGAUGACCUUUGUUCCAACCUAUAUGAGCACCAAGGGGAAAUAUAUGGUGGCUGUGGAAGUCUUCUCCAUCUUGGCCUCCAGUGCUGGCCUAUUGGGAUGCAUCUUUUUUCCAAAAUGCUACAUCAUUAUGCUGAGACCUGAUUUGAAUAAGAAAGAGCAACUAAUAAAGAGAAAAAAUUAA